AGAUUCAGCCAUUCCCCAACUCUUCCUCAACUCUCCCCUGUUUCUUCUCUCUCUCUCUGUUUGUUUCCCGAGAAAAUCUUUCUUGUGAAAGAAAAAAAAAAGCAUGGCCGAAGUACUGAGCGAAGAACAGAUCGUGGAGUUUAAGGAAGCCUUUUGUCUGUUCGACAAGGACGGCGACGGUUGCAUUACGAUUGAGGAACUGGCGACGGUGAUCCGGUCGUUGGAUCAGAAUCCGACGGAGGAGGAGCUUCAGGACAUGAUCAAGGAGGUCGACGCCGACGGCAAUGGAACCAUCGAAUUUACUGAGUUUCUCAAUUUGAUGGCCAAGAAAAUCAAAGAAACUGAUGCCGAAGAAGAGCUGAAAGAGGCUUUCAAAGUGUUCGACAAAGACCAAAACGGAUUCAUCUCAGCUACUGAGCUGAGGCACGUGAUGAUCAAUCUCGGGGAGAAGCUGACAGACGAAGAAGUGGAGCAGAUGAUCAGAGAGGCCGAUUUGGACGGUGAUGGGCAGGUCAAUUUUGAAGAAUUCGUCAAGAUGAUGAUGACCGUUGGAUGAUGAUAGUUAAAAAGUAGCUUCUAAUCAACGGCCACAAGAAAAGCCUUACUCAUAUUCAUUUAUUUUCAGAUAAUUUCAUUUAUUUCCUGCUUUUACAUAAUUAUUAAUUUGUAGUAUUUUCCAUUUUAGCCCCCUCCCCCGUGUUCAUCAAUGUAAGCACCUCUUUAUUAGUAAAGUUUUUUUACCGUUCAACCUUUUGGGUUUA